AUGAAUUUCUCAUACAACCAUUUCAUAGAUUUAGGUGAAUCCUAUUUGAAUUCGGCUCACGUUGAAAAUCCUUACGCGAGCCACGCUCAAUUGAGUCACAGUAAUUUAACGAGUAGAUUGACAAAUCACGAUUUCAACGAAAACAAUUCGAUCGUUAGCAAAUUACAAUUAAUGAAAACUUCUGGAACUUACAAUAGAGCACACACGUAUAACAAAUCUAAAAAUAAUUCAAACGUAUUCAAACGAUCUAUGGGAGAUAAAAAUGAUGCGGAUGGAAAUAAAAAAUUAAAAAAAGAGCAAGAUGACGAAAGACCGAGGAGGCCGAUGAAUGCAUUUAUGCUUUUUGCCAAGCAUCAGAGACCUCUUUUGAUUCAACAGCAUCCUGGUAAAGAUAAUCGUGCCAUCAGUGUAGUUUUAGGUACAGCUUGGAGAGAGCUUGACGCAAGCGAAAGAGCCGAUUAUGUACGACGUGCAGCAGCCAUGGCAACGGAACACAAACGACGCCAUCCCGAUUGUUGGAAAAGGCGAAGGCUUCGCGUUAAUCACACGAAUCAAAAUGCUAAAGGAAACGUAUCUACUAAUUCCAUAACAGACGUUGCCACGACGAGUUGA